UUUUUUUUUUUUUUUUUUGUUGUUGUUGUUGUUGUUGUUCUGGUUGGUGAUUUCCCCCUCCUUUUAGUUCACACUUACGACAAGAAAAUGACGCUUACUUGGCAACACGCGGUUGGCUCGCUGGCUGGAACGGUGCUCUCGAUGGCGAUCGGUGCGUUCUGGCACAGCCCGUACGGAUUUCUGGACGAGUGGAUGCGCCUGAACGGCAUCCGCAUCAGCAAGAACCGCACUCCCGAGCAAGCCAAGCAGCAGAACAAGGAGAUGAAGAUGGGUCUUGCCAUCAGCGCCUUCAGCCUCUAUGUCCAGUUCCUGACCAUCGCCGUCCUGCUCACUCAGCUCAACCUCGGAUUCACGACCGACGUCGCAACGGCCUGCAAGACCUUCGCAACGCUCGCCGGAAUUUGGUUUGCAUUCACUGCUUGCUCGGCUGGCGCUGACUUUGCCUGGAACCAACGCGCGGUUGGGCUGCUCCACAUCUUCUUGGGACAUACGUUUGUCACGAUGAUUGCCGGCACCUUGCUUUCGCAGUUUGUCACCAAGUGGCUCCCGCAGUAAAAAAAAAACCGGACAUGUGCAUGGCUUUUGUGCCUUUGCUUGAUGAGCUUCAAGCGAGAUUUCGUUUGAAGAGGCAUUGAGCAAAUUGGGUUGUACCACGAGUGCUUUGCCCAGCCUCUCGCAUUGGCUGUUUGCUGGAGAGCUUCGACUCUGCAGCUUGUGUUUGUUGUCACUUUAAGAAAUGGAUUGUUUUGAGAGCCAA